AUGAAUGCAGAGCACUUGGAGGUUCCUGUAAAUACCGAAUUUUCACUUUCACCACCUCCGAAUGGUGAUCGUACACCAUCCAGAAGAGGACAUCGUCACAAGAGAUCCUUCGCAAUUUCCCAGGACCUCGACUUUGUUAAACCCGCGGCACCUGGGACCCCAAAGGGUAGCGAUCAGUUUUCUAACACAUUUGUGGCUUCAUCUCCGCAACAGCAGGACUCAAGUCUUCGGUUUUUCAUGACAGAGGAGUCCACAUAUUCCCACGACGUACCGAAUGCCAUCAUUGAUCUAGAUGAUGCAUUAACGACCAAACCACAAUCGUUCACGUCCCACCGGAGAGCUGAAUCUGCUCCAGCUCAGCUGAUUUUGCCUUUUAAGCUUGAGCCUCCUAAUGCUCAUUGUCAACCAUCGUUGCGAAUAGAGGAGGAAGAAGAUUCGGAAAGUGAUACUGAAAUAGUGACACAGGCUACCUUGAUGUCACCGCUAAGAGCAAAAUCUCAAUCACCUUUUGUGAAGAGCAAUUACACAGCAGAGUCCCCCAAAGCCUCAGCAAGGAAUCAGUACAAUAACAAUGCUCUCAAGAUCAACAAACAGAAAGAAAGGUAUCAGAAUUACACAAAGCAUCUCCCCGCGGCUAGUCCUCAAGUUUUGAAUCAGGGGCAAGAGCCAUCUUUUUCCUCAUUGUCUUCUGGUUUCAGCUCGGGGAUCAGCACAGCUGGUCUUGCCUAUUCCCCAACUACUCCUGCUAUUUCAAUCUCGAAGUUUGGCAAUAGAACACCAAGUCCACGAAAAACCUUUACUUUCCAAAGCCAGAUAUAUGACUUACCGUCUAACGAUGUUGCACUUGUUGACAACGAUAAAGAAGCACGACACAAUACCACUAGAAUGGAAGAUGAUGAUACGCUGACGUGCACAACCACCAAUACGACUAGUCAAAAUCUGCAUAGGAAGUCCAAAAGUGCUUCGGCUUAUGAUACAUCUACUACCUUUCGUAUUCCGAAAGAGAUAUUACAGGGCCAGCCGGGAGACAGUGUUGAUUUAUCGGAAUCCUCGAAGUUUUCGAAAGACGCUUCUGCCGUCAACGCAACUAAGAAAACGUCAGCCGUUGAUCAGCGCGCCGUCAGUGACAGUGCUGCAACACAGAAGGAAGCUUCUCGUAAAUGGAGAGGCAAAAUGAACAUCUUUUACUCGAUAGUCUCGAAAUUCAAGAACUCAAAGUGA